AUGAGCGACGUUGGCAUGGAAAAUCGUUCACGAGGUGUUGAAUUGGUGAGAGAUGAAUUGGGGAGGUAUCUUUUACAGUAUUUGUUAUUCUGCCAAGGUAUCUGUAACGAGUCAUUUAUGUUGCUUGCCUUAAUGAGAUUGCAUUUGACUGAUGGCAGUUCAUCGGAUGAUUUCUAUAGAUUGAAUAUGGUCGAAUUGAACGCAGAGUUGGAUGCGAUCAUUGACCUGGUGAAUGUCAAGCUAGAUAAAUUAAAAUUCAAAAUCUGCAAAGUGAGCCAUCCACUGGGUAAAGAUGAAGUGUCGAGCUACACGAAAGACGAUAUCGAGAAAUUGCUGCUUGCAAUCAAUGAUGAUUCGGACGAAGACACUCUGUCGAAGGAUGUCAUACUGGAGUUUGCUAGCCAGGUACAGGCGAGUAACAAGUAUUACGUAUAUGUGAAUCUAGAAUCGGACAAAGAGACAGAACUGGCGACUACGUAUACUGUGAAAGAAAUCGAAUGCAUGAAGAGGUUGAUCAAGAUGAUGGUGAACAACUCCACACGACCACGGGAGGUGGACACCACAGUGCGUGCGAACCCUGUAUUCAAAGAGAUAAAGAAUAUGUUGUCGAGAUACGAGCGGGAUAGAGGAGGCGACACAGAGGAGGAAGUCAAUGUUCCGAUGUGGACUUCGUAUAUUAGUUACCAAAUCGGUUCCACCGAGGCUGCCAGCAACAUGGUGAUGACCUCCACUGAGACUCAGGUGUUUCUGAAUACUUUAUGCGCCGACAAAUGGUUUUAUAGGACUCGUAAUGGUCGCUAUGGACUUGAUCUGAAAGGUGCAUUUGAAUUACAAGAAUACCUCAGGGAUACAUAUGAGUUACAGCUGUGCUCCGUUUGCAAGCAAAUAGUGCUGCAAGGGAUAUUGUGCAAUGACAACACUUCCUUGGCGCCAGACAAGCCGACGACUGCUAAAUGCAAUUCUUGGCAUAUCGAUUGCUUUCACCAUUACAUAACACAUAUAAGCCAGCAAUGCGAAACUUGUGGGAACAACCUCCUAGAAAAUUUAACGUACAUAUUAUAG